UCAGUUAAGCCAGGUGAAAGGAGGAGAGGAAAGGGCGACGGGCGGGAGGAGGAAAAGUGCAUCCUUGCCCCGCCGUCGCCCGCACGAGCAGCGAAGAGGGAAGGGGCUGGAGAAGGUCCGGCUGGGCGCCGGGCUCCCUUUCCCCCUGCCCCGCCAGAAGAGAAAUGCGAGCAAACUGGUCCGUCCCCGCUCGCCGCGCAUACCUGCUGGACUGCAAGACCCAUCACCCCCAGCCAGCGUGGGGCAAUAGAGGUGGUUGUCCAGCGCAUGGGGGGGGGGAGCAGGCGGCAGGGGGAGGGCUGUUUUCACAAUGCCAGAAGACUCCUUGUUGCUUCUUUUAUGCUGCCCCCAUUCAAGGAGGUCAGUUUUGUAAAAAACUAUUACUUUUUUCUACAUUUCAAGAGAACAGGUCAUUCAAAAGAGACCAAGUGAUAUUCAAGUCAAUUGUUGUUCUUCCGUCUGCUCUGUUUCAGGCACACAAAAUUUGGACUUAAAAUAGUAUUAAUUUUGGAGAUAUCACUGGAACUUAUAUUGUCCCCUGUAAUACCUGGCUAAACCAAACAAAAGCCCCAGAUCUGUCCUGAAAUGUGUAAGGGAAAGCCAGGUUUUCUUGCAUUUUUCUUCGGGCAGGGAGAAAAGAGCUCAGAUUGAUCUACCCCGGAUGCUUCCUUCUUUCCUAAAUAAAAUACAUUUUCAUCUCCUUCCCAUUUGUGUUCCUGCUGGAAGAGCGGGAGAAGAAUUGAAGAUGGAUUAGGGGAGGCGCCUGCCCUUCUGAGCCACUUCUGCUCCCCCAGUUAUUUUUGCUUGUUCCUUCAGUGCAAAUGGAUAAAUACCUGAUUGCAGUGCUACAUACAUACAUACACAAGUGUGUAAAAAUGCUUCUGUGUAUACGCACGUCUGUAUACGCUUGUAGAGUGUAAACAUGCAUCUAUGUUAAGACUGUAUUUAGAAUAACAGUAAUGGAAAUACUGGUUUGGAUGAAGUACCUUAACUUUACUAAAGUUUACUGCCCUAGAGAGAAAACUUCCUUGAGAAGUACACUGUGCUCAAAGGGAAAGGGGAUUGUAGGAGGAAAACGGCCAGGCAGGUAGACAAACAUGUGGGAAGACUGGCUCUUACACGCUGGUAACACUGCCCAGGCAGGGCGGCCACCGAGGGAGCCGGGUACAGAAGAGCGGCGUGGCCCCGCUGUGGCUUCUCCCCGACCCCACUGCGGAAUUGCUGGGUGGAUGCUCCUCUCUUCCCAUCACUUUGUGGGGCUGCACUUUUCCUGUGAACUCAGGAGGGGGUUUGGGCCCCUUGGGGGCAAUUAUUGCUUCCCCCCCCCCCCGCCACCUUUGGGCUGUUCAUCUGCUCCCUAUUUUAGGAAGCUCUUUGGCGCAUGUUCGUGAAGGGAAGUGUGUAUGCACACACCUGCGCUGCCUUUACUCUUUGGAGGGUGGGACCGUCUGCCCCACUUGUUUUUGCAUUCAUCAGGUUGCUCUGAGUGGGUUGGAGUUAUUUUUUAAAUCAUCCUUCAGGGGAAGAGCCUUCUCUUUCAUUCCCUGUUUCCCAACUGUUGCCUUAAUGACUCCACUUCAAGCCCCUUUUUCUUGCAAACUUUACACUUUCUUCUCUUUUCCUUGCCUCAUUCUGCCUGCCCCACCCUCCAGACAGAAGCUGCAAGGGUCAGAUUUGUGUGGUUCCUGCAGAUCACUUUGUGGCCUUUGGGAGUGGCUGAGGAUUCAGGGGUGGUUCAGCAGAUAGCUUAGAGGAAUGGAUUUUGGGUGUGUUCUCUGGGUAGUCAUACGAAUGAGUAAGUGUAGAGUGUGUGUGUGUGUUAAAACUAGUGUUGACAGAGAGAAAUUACUUCCAGACAGCCCGACCCAUAAAUUACUUGGCCUCUUAGCAAGCCUCACUUCCUGGGUUCACAAAGCAAUCAGCCACACGCCAGUCCUGAUUCACAGAGGUGGUGUUUCUGCUUAGUCAAAGGGCUGGUGUUUCGUUUUUACAGGAAUGUUGAAAAUCUGCUGGCUUCUGAGAGGGCCAGCACUGAUUAAAGAAGAAAAAAACCUUGGGGAAGGUUUGGGGCACAAACAGGCAGGUGGCCGUCGGCAGUGGUGAAGUUUCCCGGUGCUGGAAACGUCUAGACUCCCAGAAACAUGCUGGCUGUGGUGUGAAGAUGCUAGUGGUCUUAUUUAUUUAUUAUUUAUUUAGAGUAUUUAUAUGCCGUCCUUUCGCAGAGCCUCAGGAUGGCUUCCCGUGCAGCGUGACAUAGCUGUGACUGUUACUGGCCUGGGAGCGGGCAUCUGGUCUUUGUCCCGCUGGCCUUGGGUCAGAUAAGAAAGCCAUGUGCUUAGGAGGCACUCUUUGCCCUUUAAGCUAUUUCUAGUUUCUGAAGGCACAGACCGCUCAGUGCUAUCAGAGCCGCUGCUGUCCUCUCCCUCAAAGCUUUCUUUGGAGAACGGUGGUUCUUUCCACAGUGAGCUCAUCACCCACGUCCAGCUUCCAGUGAAGCAUAUAAAAGGCUAUCUGUUGACAGGGUCGAAGGCUUUCCAACAUUGCAGACUGGAUUGUCUUGGCCCGGAGGGGCGGGCGGGGAGAGCUCUUAAGCAGAGACAAAGGAAAUGAGGGCGAUCAUUUCAAGUCAACACGCUGUCGUCCAUCCUCCCCUUUUACAAUCUCCUCUUUCCUUCAGCCUCGUUUCAUCAGGUGAUUCCAUUUUAUAGCCCUCCUUUUCUCGGCUUGUUCGCUGCUUCGGCGGCUGAGGAAGAGCCGCGCUGAAUCACACCAAGGGUAUGUUCACAGCCUGGCGAAACGCUGCCCAGGUGAAACUCACAACUCGGGAGCGCAGUCGCUCCCUCCGGCCCACGUUUCCCUGCCAUUGGUGUCGUGUUGCAUUUUGCCACAGGCACUGGAGGUAACUCUGAGUUCCACUGCUUGCUCGGAAGCCUCUGCUGAUAGUCCUUACUGCUGAUUCCAGAACUCAUUUGUGUGCUCUCUGAACUAGGCUGGAUCUCCCCCUCCAUGUAACUCUGCACAUGAAUAUAGUAGUCUCUGAGCCAAAGUCUCAACGUACCCGAUUGCUAGAAAAAGAGUGCCUCUGGUUCUGUUCUCCAAGACUUUUGUGAAAGCCAGAGCCAGUUCUGAGCCACGGAAUGUGGCUGGGCUAUAAAAGCAAGAGCUUGGUGUUGACUCGCCUUUCCUCCUCCUCCUCCAUCUCUUUCCUCCCCUCAUUUCAGCAAAGAGUUGAAAUCCACAAGCUUCGCCAAGGGGAGAACCUAAUCCUGGGCUUCAGUAUUGGAGGCGGCAUCGACCAGGACCCCGCCCAGAAUCCCUUCUCGGAGGAUAAGACGGACAAGGGCAUUUAUGUAACCAGAGUGACAGAAGGUGGCCCUGCAGAAGUGGCUGGGCUUCAGGUUGGAGACAAGAUUAUGCAGGUCAACGGGUGGGAUAUGACCAUGGUGACGCACGACCAGGCCCGGAAGAGGUUGACCAAGCGGAAUGAGGAGGUGGUCCGGCUCCUGGUCACCCGGCACUCUCUCCAGAAGGCCGUGCAGCAGUCCAUGAUGUCGCCGCCGUGCCACUGAGUCGGGCGAAGGAGCGUUUAGGACAGGGUGGGCCGGAUCGCGACCGUGGACUGCCGCUCUCCCCAGCAGGAAGACUCCUCCACCGUCAGAGGAGGCGCAGUACCCAGCUUGUAGAGGCAUAGCCCCACAUCUGCGCGAGGAUGGUGUUGCCAGCACAGCCCAGUGUCACCACCCUCUUCCGGAGGGAGUUUUCCCGUGUCGGGGUGUCCUGCAGGGCUCCGCAAGCCCAUCCUCUAAAACGGCAGGCAUCAAAUCAAGUUGCUUCCUUUGGUAGUGAAGGGGGCUUGAGGGAUCCCUUGUUCAAGGACUAGCCCUGAAGGGGAAAUCCACCAAGAUCUUCUCUUGUACCAGAUCCUGCUGUGGUUGAAAGAAUUCCUCCCCUUUUCUGCUGGAGAUGCUCCUGGUGGAUUUCACACCUUAAUUCUGGCACAAAAUCUGAGGAAACUGGCUUAAAACACCAAAAACUCUGACAGCCCUCUGUGUGUGUACGUGUGUGUGCAGAAAGAGCACAUUUCAAAUUUUCUAGAAGAGGCAUUAUUGUAAAUAGCCUUUAUGUAUCACUCAGCCUGUCUCUGUGUUCUGCUUCUGAAUCCUGACUUUAAUCUGCUGAAUCCAGAGGCCCAAUACGUCUCUCAAGCCUUCUACUGCAUGGAUUAAAUCAAAACGUGUGUGCCAAAAGCCCCGGGCAAACUUCCUUUAAACCUGUGGCAGAGUAGCCUUGCCUUCAAAUUUUGCUGUAUUCAACAUAUGCCAAAUCAUUACUGCACCUGGACAGGACUGCAAGGAGCAAAGAAGUACUGAAGAGCUCAGUGCUCGAAAGCCCUCUGGUUUUCUUACCCUGCAAGCCACGAUGCAGUGGUAGAUCCUGGAAUACUUCAUGACGGUUCCCAUAACCAUGCCACCAAGUCUCCAAAAUCCCAGGCAACCCUGUAACGAUCAGUACCAUAGACCAGGACUUUGGCAACGUAAAUGGGUCUUAAUCGCCCUUCAAGACCCAGCCGCCCUAAAACGCUGUGUUACAACAAGGACGUAACACAACCGGGCAGCACUGCCGAGCAGCUUGUCCCUCUCCCCCUCCCGUGGUUAAGCUCAGAGGGAAUACGAUGAAGUCAGCAUGCAGGAGUGCCGGUCGACCUUAAAUCCUGAAAAGGACGGAGGUCCUGUUUUAACGUAAUUCACCUGAGAGCCAGUGAAAUUUGUGGGAAAGAUGCACUCUUGAAAUCCCAAGAGGAGCAGGGGGAGACAACCGGUUCAGCCACGCUUUCUCUGCGGCUGGCAUACCAGCUCGGCUCUCGCGUUCGCUUUGUGCCUGCCCUGAGUUGGCUUCUGAUCAGCCUCCUUUGUACUGAUCUUUACAAUGGCCCGAGAGACUUUAAAAAAAUCCACUGUAAAUAGGCCCGUCUAGAAGUUCGUAUCACUAACUUAUUUCAGGGUAGGACUGCUGCUUCACUGGGGUGCUGAUACUUCCUCCAGUGACACCGAUUCUCAGCCUAACCACAACGAAAGACAACGCCAGUCUCUUGAAACCACUAAGAUGCCUCUGGACCACUGCGUUUUGUACUUCUGAUUCCGAGAUUGUUUUGGGACUCUCACUUUUGAUAAGCGUAAAUCACACAAGCCUUGCAGGGUGCCUGUCUGGAGCUGUCCGCAGCACCCUUUUUUGGUAGAGCUUGGGGGGGGGGGGGGGGCAAGAUGUGCAGGUGCUGUAUGUCAUUUUACACACAAUAAACUCAAGCUGGACUUCC